AAUGGUAUAAAUACCACCACAAGUUGGGCUGAAAAGGUUGUUGAGCUGUCUGUCUGUCUCUUUAGUUUCAGUCUAAGAGAAACCAGUUUUUAGUUCAGUAUUUUCAGCCAGUAUUAAGUCCUCUAUCAAGCUUGAUCAGUAUUACCAUUUAGAAAACAGUGACGAGAUUUCUGAUUGAAACAAAAGGCAAAAGUAUUCUACAAGAAGGAAGAUGACAUUCUCCAUUGUACUAGUGACAAGUAUUAUAAUGGCUGCCACCAUGUUCUCUAUGACACAUGCGCACGGACGAAUGCUAGAUCCAGUGUCCAGAAUGUCCGCUUAUAUUUUGGGCUUCCCGACACCUGUCAAUUACAACGAUCAUGAGAUGUUUUGUGGCGGCCGUGCGGUCCAAUGGCAACAAAAUGGCGGCAAAUGUGGAAUUUGUGGCGACCCUUGGUCAGGGCCACGUUAUUAUGAACGUCCCGGGGGAGCACUGCUUCCUAAAGAUGUCGUCAUCACAAAAACAUAUCAAGAACGUGACGUCAUUAAUAUUUUGCUUCAAAUAACAGCAAAUCAUAUGGGAUGGCAUGAGUUUCGAGUGUGCAAUGUAGAGAGUUCUGGAGGAAUUGAAGCGACUCAUGAAUGUUUGAACCAAAACUUGCUGACAGACUCGACUGGGAAGUCGCGAUUCUAUUUGGACAGUUCCAGCACCGGGUUUUAUAACUACACUCUUGUGUUACCUGCAGGACUUACCUGCAAUCAUUGCUUGUUACAGUGGAAGUGGCACUGUGGGAAUGACUGGAACUGUGAUGAAACUGGUGCUUGUGGCCUGGGCUUUGGUCCUCAAGAAGAAUUCUAUGCCUGCUCAGAUGUUACAAUAUCUCCUAGAAAUGGCACAGCGGUCUUACCAACGUCAGCAACCACGACUACAACAUCAACCACUAAACCAACAGCAGCAGCCUCCUCUACAACAACUUCUUCAACAACUUCUCUAUCUAAUCCUUCUUCAUCAAACGCUGCUGAAGAAUCCACCACAAUCUCAAGCGUCCCGACAGCUCCUACAACCAGCAGUGCAGCAACUACGAAGUUCAGCGACAUGUCAACACUAAAAGUGAUACCCAGCGACACCACCAAGCCGUCGUACGCAGAUUUUUGGUCCAACAUAAUCAAAAUGGCGUCCAACAUCACCAACUCCACCAGCAGCACCAAGAUCAACUACAACGAUCCUGAGUACAUCAAAAUGUUGCUGGGAUACCCGAAUAGUUACAACCCUUACAGCAACAGCUCGGUCAUUAAAGUCCCAACGGUACCAUUGCUACCCACCAAUCAACUUGCCAAAGAUCGAGUCUGUGCCGCAUGCUAUUAUGGUUGCCUCAUCAAUGGAUGUUCAACCAGCUGCCCGGAAAUUUGUCCAAGAAAACUUACGGGUUAAUGGGAAAGAAUGGGACUCUAUGUUCUCUAACUGUACACGUCACUUAAGGGCGAUGAUGACUUCAUUCUAAAGCCAACAAACAUUAUCUUGCAACGUCUACUAACUUUUAUCUCGCCAAUAACCUUGUGGUGUAGUUUGAAUCUAUGCAAAUCAUACUGUUAAAAAAUAUAUUGAUCUGCUCUUGACUGGUGUAUAACUAAACUAUUGUGUUCUUUUUUUUAAUAUUUGACAUUUUAUAGACGAACUUGGCGAUUGGUCGAUUUGUUUUAACUACAAUUUUAUGUUGCAUAAAUAAUAUAUCACUAUUCAUUGGCCUGGUGGAAGAUUACUAACACCUAAUUGGUUCAGCUCAAACGCACUCGUGUGAAGUGAUUUGUUUAAUCUUAAAGCGAACAAUGGUUAGCAAUGAAAUGGUGGGCGGAACUAGAUUUCAUUGACAUGUUAGUAGCAGUACUUUUUUUUAUGACAUUAACACACUUUUAUGACUAAAAAAAUGUAAAAUACAUAUUAUCUAAUAACUAUCAUGGCUAGGGUCAACAUGACCUUACUACACACCAUUAUAAGUUUGUCAUUGUUGUACAUUCCAACACAGAGUUCAGAGAUCUCUUGAAACUGCUUAACAGGUGGAGCCUUUACAUUGCUCAAUCCUUGUUAUUUUAUUUUGUCAUGUGUUAUAUUCAUUAUUUGUUCUUUCUUGUAAUUUAUAGUUGUUUUUUUUGUUAUUGUGCAUUAUAUAUCAUUCUUGUAUGACAUUCAAUGUCAGUACUUUGUAAGUGUAAGAACAGAUUAUGGUCUUCGCACUAAACAAAUCAGUGAUAGCAGGUUCAACUUAUUGUGUCAGUAGUAACCCCUUGUUGCAUUACAAAACAUGAUUAGAUUCAACACAAUGGUAGUUUGAGUCCAAGGUGUUUCCUUUAGAAUUGGUUCAACUGAUACACAACUCUUUGUAAAUGCUAACAUCGCAUAGGAAAUAAAACCAAUGUCUAGAAUACGAUCAAUGCCAAGCCAGCUUUCUACCUUCAGAAGUAAAGAAAUGGCAUCAAAGAAGUGAAAAUAAAAGAAUUGGUUUUUUAUUCUCUAUCCUAGCCGUGAGUGAAAUGAGGUGAUCAUUGAUUAACAUGCAUGACUAGGUUGACCUAGAAAUACGCGUAAAACGUAAUAAUCUUUUUUGUGUGUCUGUAUUUGAUAUAUACCAUUGUUUAAUAUUGUUGUUUAUGUUUAAUAUUGUUGUUAAUGUUUAAUAUUGUUGUUAAUCAGUUUAUGUUAUUACAUUUCAAAUACUUAGCUGCAAAUACAUUGUACAAAGUAUACAUCUCUGUUUUAUACAUGAUGUGUUUAUAUAAAUGUUAAUGUGUUGAAAUGUGUACAAAACAUUACCACGGGUUGGAUACAUUUUUAUAAAGCAAUUUUUAUUAAUCCAUUGUAUUGAAAAUGUUUGAGAAUGUCUCAAUGUAAAGUGUUUGUAAUAGAAUUAUGUUUAUUAUUAUUAUUUGAGAUUUAUAAGAAAUACAUAUAUAGCUGUUUUAA